CAAGAAAGUAGUAAAAAUCUACCAGACAAGGUUAAAAAACUCACAGGAAGCAUUUCUUCAACUCAUUUCAAUGAGGUGGACCUCCAAGGGCCAGGCUUCCCUUGCCCACCUCCCAAGGGAAAUCAUUGACCCUGAGCUCCAGGAGCACCUAGAACAACACUUAAAAAAGCAAUUUUGUCAACUCCAUGUCCAAUGGCCCCACAAGAAUCAAGAAUUGCUACACCUGAUAAAACCUCAGGAGGAACCACCUGAAAUGGGUCAGGCAGAGGUGAAUGAUGGGACUGCAUGUCCCUCAACACUGACAGAUGAGAGCAGUCAACAUCCACAGAGUGUCUCACCAAAGGUUCCAAAGACAGCCCAACUCCUGAGGGACCCAUGCAAGGAUCUAAACAACUGUUUAGGAAGCAUAUUGAAUGAUCUGGAUAGGAGCCCAGAAGGUUCCCUGGGCAAAGUUGUAGAGAAUAUCUCUGAUGCAGAGGUGGAAGCCAGCUACUUGAAACACCCAGGAGUUGACACACCAAGUUUUGCCCUGGUGGGACCAAGAAAGAAGCAUCUAGAAGGCACACUGCAUAUCCAUUCAAGCAGCAAGUGCAAGCACAUCCACAACAGCAAGAUGGCCAUGGAAAGAACAUCCUUUCACGAUUUGAACAGUCACAAGAAAGAUUCUCAGGGGCCUUCUUUCCUAAACCCCGGCACACAGAAGGUGCUAGAAACACAUCUAACCAGAUGUCCAGUGAAGCACCCGUGUAGCUUGGCCCUCAGAGGCCUCAAAACCAUACCUGUUUUUAACAGAAACAAGGCUACCUCUGUGCCUUUUCAAAUGCCUUCCAAUGCCUCCUUGUCCUUUGGGGACUCUAGAGAUAAUUCCCUUCCCACAAAUCCCAGUAUCCUGGGAGAAGCUUUUCGCAAGCCACAGAAGAGACUGGAAUGAAAGGAGAUUCCCCUGUGAAAUCCACAAAGAACCCUCCUUCUGCCCUCUAUCUGGAUCUCCUGAGAGCUAUUCUAAACAGGGAAACUCUGUGCCUGCGGAGGCCCCUACAAGUAUCCAGGAGGAUAGUAUGAAAUCUGUGUCCACUGAAGAGAGCCUUGUAGGAAGAGCCUGGCACUGUAAUACUAUUCUUAAAUCUUGCACAGGUAAGCCAGUGUCAACUCCAGGCCUAAUCAGAGGUAUGUGUCAGUCACCAAAUAAUGAGCAUGUGUCAUUAGGAAAGACAGACCAACUGUUGUCACUUAUGAGCAACAGUGUGGCAUCCCAGUCAACAAGUAAUAGGAAUACCAGGGAGCUGGAGAAGGCAGAGAACAAAGUGUCAUGUGACUGGGCAUUUACCACUGCAGCUCACAAGAUGAGAAUCUAUCCAACAAUAAACAUCCUUGGGUUUUGAAUCUCUGGAGACCACUGAGAGUCCAUCCUCUUCCAGAACUAUUAAUAAGACACCAGAAUACACAGGCCUGGGCAUUCAUCACUGCUCAUCCCCUGGUGUUGUCCUACAGGACAGUGCCAAUGGCCCAUUGUUUCAAGAUUGUGCCCCUGAGGUGGUUCUUGCUGCAGAUAUCCUGGCCUCCAGGGACUCCAAGUCCAGCUGCAAGGCAGUGUCCACUACAAGAACAUCAACCUCCCAUGACAGGUUCCCUUUUCUGUCAAGAUAAGUGACGAACCCAAGAUAUCUAAACCACAGGAACCAUGGACUAGCCACAUCUUUGCUUCAAAAACCAAAAGAAUGACUAUAGAAGUUCCAGGCAUGACUUCUAUCAUUCAGUGAAAAGGCCUGCCUAAGCCUCCAAGUCAGAUAGUCAUGAAACGAAGUUUGGGGAUAAGAUCAAAUGCUUCAUAUUUUUAACCCUGAAGGGAAGUUCAAUAAAAGUUAAGAAAAAUUCACAACAGAAAGUCAAGGCCCCAUCAGCCCCAACCCAAAGUCAAGGGUCAAUGGGGAGCAGAGUAUUCAUGUCACAUCCGGUCGCUGAAGCACAGAACCACAUGAUCUCGGCUGUAUGGGUUCCAGUGGAGAAACACGGUGUCCACCUUCAAUGUGUUCAGGCAAAGAAUCUGCAUGAACCAUCUGAAGCUUCAGUGUGUAGGCAUGUCUGCCAUCAUAGAAUUAUCCAAUCAAAGAAACACUAGCUGUGUUCAACAAGUUAUCCCCAAGGUGCACAGACAAGCAUCCACAGACAAAUGGAUGCCCUAUGGUUGUAACGGGUUUGAGAUGUUGAGACACUGUGUGUCCCAAGCCGCUGUCUAUCAGGGAAUAAGGCAGAUACCACGUGUCCCUGGGACCCCUAUUCACUGUCCUAGGCACUGCCCCUGUAGAAGUGGACAUUAUUGAAAAGAAGUACUUUUCUAAAUGUGAAGUAAUUAAACUUUCAGUCAUUCAUUA